AUGUUCUCUCGCAGUACUCUCUCUCACAGGCAAACCUCCCCCUCUCCAACGCAGAUGGACAUUCCUGAAGAGCUAGUUCCGCACCCAUUUUCUUUCGAAGAUCACGAAGACAUACCAUUCACUUCUAUGGACAUAGCAGCACUUCAUGUGGACGUCGUCACGGAGAAAUGGCUAGAGCCAUUUCAGACCGAUGCGCGCGACUGUCAGGGUUGUGAACUUACCAAGCUUACUGACCUCGAUAUAUCCGAUGAUUUGCUUGGAUGUGUGACGCUUCAAUCGGUUCUUUCGGUACGGACAGUCGACGAAAUAAAUCACAUCGACCUGAAUCCCUUCAGCGAUGAUUUUCGGCACUACGAAAGUAUUAGAGUCCUACGUCAUGGUGCACAGCGAGGUCUUUUGGGAGCGGAGAUGCCCUUUUACCACGUGAUAGACCUUCUGAGCGAUUCAACAUUCACCGUCUAUCCAUUCCUUGGCGAAGUGACCGCACAGGAGUAUUACAAUAGCCAAUAUUCUCUGUUUCCGUGGGGGAGAAUCGAGGAUCUGCGACAUUGUCUUGUGGCAGAAGAGGUUGUUUCGAAAGGAACACUUAUAAUUGAAUGGUCGCCUGCAACUAUUGUGCAAGCACGGUCGCAACCGAGUUUAUACAAGAGAUUGGUAUUAAACAGACACUUGAGUCUGUAUGACUGGCUCAAUUCUAAGACCCCUCCGGGAGAUGGGGACGGAAAUCUCAACCUCCAGAUCGAAGAUGAGAGUCAGCAUGAGCAGCAACCUUGCCUUGUGUAUGACAUCAUUGCAGAGGCAUCUGAAUUACUAUUUGCAUGGGUGCCCGCGACCAUCCUGGUGCGUAACAGCCAGUCUCGAACAUCCCGAGAUCUCGUUCUGACGGCUGCUCGAACGCUCUUGUGGCAGCCGGCGAAACGAUCUGCUAAAAACCUCCGACUAUCUGACAAGAUUCUCGUGAUAUAUAUGUGUCAAUGGAUGGGACUGGUUACCCACCUCGCACGUUACAGGCUAGGCGAUCGCGCAACCACCGUCUCCUCUAAUAAGUUUCUGGAUUUGUACAAAUCUCUGGAAAGAGCCGUUCUCGCCCACCGCACCGAGAUCAGUGUCGCGUCCGCCUUCUUCGUCAAACCUGAGGGGCUUCUUGUUAUGGCUGAUUUGGCUACGGAUGACAUGAGCACAGAAGACCGCCCCUGUCGUAGCGAGAGCGAUAUAAGGGACUAA